AUGAACAGCGAGGGCCACUAUUACGCCGCCAGCCCGCUCUACAAGGAGCCCUGCGCCUUCCAGCGCUCCCAGGCCCAGGAUUACGGCCAGAGCCCGCCCGCCUGCCUCUACAUGGGGCGCCAGCCGCCGCCGGAGCCGCCUUACCCCGCCGCCUUGGCGGGCCUGGAGCAGGGCAGCCCGCCAGACAUUUCCCCCUACGAGGUGCCCCCCAUCACGGAAGACCCCGGCGGCCUCUCCCAUCUCCAUCACCACCAGCACCCCCACCAGCACCACCCGCAGCUGCCUCACCCGCACCAAGAAGCCCUCGCCGCCUUCGGGGAGGGGAUGGAGUCGGGCGCCCUGGAGGAACCCAGAGUCCAGCUGCCUUUCCCCUGGAUGAAAUCCACCAAGUCCCACGCCUGGAAGGGCCACUGGGUUGGCACGGGCGGCUCCUUCGUGGUGGAGCCCGAGGAGAACAAGCGGACGCGGACGGCCUACACGCGGGCGCAGCUGCUGGAGCUGGAGAAGGAGUUCCUCUUCAACAAGUACAUCUCCCGGCCGCGGCGGGUGGAGCUGGCCGUCAUGCUGAACUUGACCGAGCGGCACAUCAAGAUCUGGUUCCAGAACCGACGCAUGAAGUGGAAGAAGGAGGAGGACAAGAAGCGGGGCGGCGGCGGGGGAGGCGGCGCAGGGGGAGGCGGCGGCAGCGGGAGCAGCCGGGAGCCGGAGCAGGACUGCGUGGUCUCCUCGGGGGAACUGUCGUCGGGCCAGGACGAGGCUGGCGAGGAGCGGUCCGAGUGCCUCUGGAUGUCAAGCAGCCGCCCGCCCCGUUUCCACUGGGCCCGAAAUGGAAUUCCUGGAGAAACCAGCACCACGACUUCGGCCAGCUGCUUCAGAGUAACCUUGCAGCUACUUAUCAGCAAGCAGCUGGCAUUGGACCAGGAUAAGUGUGCUUUGUCGUCUUUCCAGAAGCUCCAUUCUAAGCCUUCGUCUCCAGUGCUCAAAGGGCGUGGGUGA